GAAGAGAGAGAGAGGAACACCUCGGCCACCUGGCUGCCCUUCUCCUCGGGUGGGCUGUCCCCCCCUCUGGGCUGGGGCCCUUGAAGGGACACUGGGCUGCCGGGAGCAGUGCUUUUGGUAUGGGCUCUGGAUUGGGAGUCUGGAAACCCAGGUUCUAGGUGUGGUUUGGCCAUUUAAUUGUCCCAUGACUUUAGUCAAGAGACCUCAACCCCCUAAUCUGGAAAAUGAGGCCAGUAACACCUCUUCCGAGAGAGAGGCCAUUGUGAGGAGCUGUGGAGAGAUGGAGCAGAAAGAUGAGAAGCCCCCUGAGGACGGGCCAUCUGUCGCCCCGACAGCAGAGGGCGCUGGGACGCCCGGAGGUGGUGCCUCUGCAGAGGGGGCCUCUGAGCGUACAGCUGGGGAGACCGCCGGAGAGAGGCCUCCGAAGACAGCGGGGAAGCAGGAAGAUGGCGUGUCUGCGGAGCUCCAGGGAGAAGCCAGUGGUUCAGAUGAGGUCAAGGUGGAAUCCCAGAGUGAGCCUGGAGAGAAAGAAGCAGCCAAGGCUGAGCCUACGACGGAGGGAGAGGACACGGCAUCUUCUCAGGGGAUGACGGACAGCAAGGAAGAGACCGGAUCUGAACCCAAGGAGGCCGAGGAAAAGGAAGAGGCCUCCCUGGCCUCCGAGAAGGCGCAGGCUGAUGAGAAAGAAGCCAAGGCGGAAUCUGUGAAGGACAAGGUCCAGCCUGAGCCCCAGGAGGCUGAUGGGGAGAAGGAGGCCGCAGCAGCUGCUCCGGAGAACGCCAAGGUGCAGGAGCCCCAGGCUGAAGCCAAGGAGAAAGCUGCUGACACAGAGGCCACGCCGGAACCCCAGGAGGCAGCUGCUGCCCAAGACAAGGCUGAGGCUGAGCGUGAGGAGGCUGAACGUGACACUAAGCAGGAGGAGGAGCCAGGCAGCCCCACUGCAGAGCAGCAGCAGGACACGGAGACAGAGCCAGAGGAAGGGGCAGGCGUGGUUCCCAGCUCUCCUGAGUGGCCUGAGAGCCCCACGGAGGGCCUCAGUCCAGAUGGGGUGGGUCCAGCCUCCGGGGAGACCAGCCCUUCAGCCAGUGAGUCUUCCCCCAGCGACAUGCCCCAGAGUCCCACGGAGCCCCCUCCCUCGGAGGAGGAGAAGAAGAAGGAGAAGGCACCAGAGCGCAGGGUGUCAGCCCCUGCCCGGCCCCGGGGCCCCCGCGCACAGAACCGCAAAGCCAUCGUGGACAAGUUUGGCGGGGCAGCCUCGGGCCCCACUGCUCUUUUCCGGAACACUAAGGCAGCUGGGGCAGCCAUUGGUGGGGUCAAGAACAUGCUGUUGGAGUGGUGCCGGGCCAUGACAAGAAACUAUGAGCACGUGGACAUCCAGAACUUCUCGUCCAGCUGGAGCAGUGGCAUGGCCUUCUGUGCCCUCAUCCACAAGUUCUUCCCAGACGCCUUCGACUACGCGGAGCUGGACCCCACCAAGCGGCGGCACAACUUCACCCUGGCCUUCUCCACAGCAGAGAAACUGGCCGACUGUGCCCAGCUGCUGGAGGUGGAUGACAUGGUACGGCUGGCAGUGCCCGACUCCAAGUGCGUCUACACCUACAUUCAGGAGCUGUACCGCAGCCUCGUGCAGAAAGGGCUGGUGAAGACCAAGAAGAAAUAAGCCAACGGGCCCUGUGGGCAGAGGCGGGCAGGGUGCCCAGCUGACCGGCUGAGGCCAGGAGCUCGCUUCUGCUCCACGCGGGCAGCAGAGCUGGGGCUCAGACGCAGGCAAGGGCAGCUGGCAGGGUCUUAACUGCAUUAAAAGUACUUUUGUAAAA